GAAUUGUGGAGUUUUUCAUAUGCCAAACGAUCAGGAUACUUUCUUGUUUCGUUUUGUUCUUGAAUAUUUACAACGAAAAGGUUACAAAGGUGCUGCAGAAGCGUUAAGAAAUGCUUUGGUAUCAGAGGUUUCAGAGGACUUUCACAACCCGUCUCUAGAUAUGGACGAUCAGGUGCGAAACUUUUUGGAAUUCUUUUUGUAUGUUAGAGAGGAAGAGAAAGGUCUAUUAGAGGACUAUGGUAAAAUCUAUCGUUGGAUUGAUGGUUGUCUGGAAGUCAUACGUGUUGAACUUGGACAGUUGACAUAUCCUCUCCUUGUAUACUUAUAUUUGGACUUGAUACGAAGAGAACGUUAUGAGGAAUCACUAAAACUGUUGGAUGAGUGGGCUCCAAAGUUUUUCGAACAAAGUAUUCGUGAUGAGCUAUUUUCUUUGAAAGGCGUUCGAAGGAAAGAACAGCUCAGUGAAAACCCUGUUGCUCAACUCUAUUUGAAGCAUCGACGAGAAAUUUUUGUUUCUCAAUAUGCUUUCGAGCUUUUAUGUGACUUUUUAGUGGAGCACCGCUUAACUUGUAUAUUUCGUUGUAUCAUGGAACAUUUUCAUGUGAGGUUGGAAAAGGACUCUCAGGUAAUAGUCUCAGAAGACUUAAAGAGUUCUAUUGGUUUCUUUCCUCAAAAGGAGUUUGAAGAAUUGCAGAAGAAUGAAAUUCAUUGGAAACCCUUGAAAGAAUCAGACUAUGUGGUUCAAGAACAAGAUUCGCAGCUUGAGAGUCACACAACUUUGGAAGGCAAUGCACUUGACUCGAAUGAAGAGCAUCCCUCUAUUUCCUUACCCAAAUAUCCUUUAGGUUCAGCAAUGCUUGAAACGGAAGAUGACAAAUUGCGUCGGGUAUCAUUAGGAGGAGUUGAAGCACUUCCAUCAUCUUUAAUGUAUACUUUUUCCAAUACAUACGAUGAAAUGAAUUGUGUCGAUAUUUCUGUAGAUGGCUCUGUGAUUGUUGCUGGUUUUGAUGAUUCUUUUAUUCGUUUUUGGGAUGGCAAAGAAUGUGGACAAUAUCGCCUUGUUGGAGGGAAACCUUUGAUAGGACAUUGUGGAAGUAUUUAUUCGGUAUCUCUCAGUCCUUGUGGACGUUUCUUUCUUAGUUCAUCAGAAGAUGGGACUGUACGUCUUUGGAGUACAAAGUUGGAAAGAGAUUUGGUUGUUUACAGAGGCCAUUUAUUUCCAGUUUGGAGUGUUGAGUUCUCACCUCUUUCACAUUACUUUGUAUCUGGUGGACAUGAUCGACUUGGAAGGUUAUGGACGACGGAUCGUAUAUUUCCAUUGAGACUUUUUGGUGGCCAUUAUUCUGAUGUGGAAGUCAUGCGUUGGCAUCCAAAUUGUUGUUAUGUAGCUUCAGGCUCAAGUGAUCGUACUUGUCGACUAUGGGAUUUGAGAAAUGGUAAUAGUGUUCGCUUAUUGGGUCCUCAUUCGGCUUCCGUUUGUUCACUGGUUUUUUCAAAUGAUGGCAAAAAAUUAGUCAUUGGUUUAGAAAAUGGUCAAAUAGAGUUUUGGGAUAUUGUUCAAGGUCGACGAAUGAGUCGUGUUGAGGGACAUAAAGGCCCUGUAUGGUGCUUAGAUGUCUCCAAAGACGAUAUGUUCUUUGUAAGUGGAUCAUCAGAUUGUUUUAUUCAUCUUUGGAAUGCACAAUCACUUGACAGUUCAUUACAAAGUACUUUGUCGAGAGAUCAGAUAUUAGUGAAAAGUUUCCAAACGAAAGAUUCUGCAGUUUAUUGUGCUCGUUUUUCUAGGAAGAAUUUAUUACUUGUUGCCGGAGUUGCCUUGUAGGUUAUGUCAAAAUAGUUGUUAUGAUGGAAUUCUUUAUCAUCAAAAU